AUGCCAAUGUCACCAUCCGAUUUCCUGGAUAAGCUAAUGGGUAGAAUGUCAGGCUAUGAUGCGAGGAUCAGACCAAAUUUCAAAGGUCCUCCAGUUAAUGUCACAUGCAACAUAUUUAUAAAUAGCUUUGGAUCCAUUGCGGAGACAACCAUGGAUUACCGAGUGAACAUUUUUCUCCGUCAGAAUUGGAAUGAUCCACGCCUCGCAUACAGUGAAUAUCCAGAUGAUUCUUUAGAUUUAGAUCCAUCCAUGCUGGAUUCCAUUUGGAAACCUGAUUUAUUCUUUGCUAAUGAAAAAGGUGCCAACUUUCAUGAAGUUACAACAGAUAAUAAGUUGUUGCGGAUUUUCAAAAAUGGAAAUGUACUUUAUUCCAUCAGAUUGACUUUAACACUUUCCUGUCCGAUGGAUCUCAAAAAUUUUCCAAUGGACGUGCAAACAUGUAUAAUGCAGCUGGAAAGCUUUGGAUACACAAUGAAUGAUCUCAUUUUUGAGUGGCAAGAAAAGGGAGCGGUUCAAGUAGCAGAAGGUCUCACUCUGCCACAGUUUCUGCUGAAAGAAGAAAAGGAUUUAUGUUACUGCACCAAGCAUUACAAUACAGGAAAGUUUACGUGUAUUGAAGUCCGAUUCCACCUGGAGAGGCAGAUGGGUUACUAUCUCAUCCAGAUGUACAUACCAAGCCUCUUGAUCGUGAUUCUCUCCUGGGUGUCAUUUUGGAUCAAUAUGGAUGCAGCUCCAGCCAGAGUGGCUUUAGGCAUAACAACUGUACUGACCAUGACAACACAAAGCUCAGGCUCACGAGCAUCUCUUCCAAAGGUGUCAUACGUCAAAGCGAUUGACAUCUGGAUGGCGGUGUGUCUGCUCUUUGUGUUUUCUGCACUUCUGGAGUAUGCAGCUGUAAACUUUGUGUCGAGGCAGCAUAAAGAGCUUCUGCGAUUCCGACGCAAGAGGAAGAAGAGCAAGGUAAAAGUAACGGUUCUUUUCUAUAAAUAUUCCCAGUGGGAUGAUGAUACACGUGAUAGUCAGUUUAGCAUUACAGCAUAUGGAGUGGGGCCAUGUGUGCAAGCAAAAGACGGAAUAACACAAAAGGGGCCAAAUAAUCCUGUUCAGCCUGUACCAAAAAGCCCUGAUGAGAUGAGAAAGGUAUUCAUUGACCGGGCCAAGAAGAUAGACACAAUAUCCAGAGCUUGUUUCCCAUUAGCCUUUCUGAUUUUCAACAUUUUUUAUUGGGUUAUCUACAAAAUCAUCAGGCAUGAGGAUAUUCACCAGUAA